CAAACAUUUCAUUGAGAAGUGGGAACUGAUAACCACAUAUAACCUCUUAAAUUAAAACCAUUACUCAUUGAGAAGCAACCUCAUUCACCCAAACUCCUGCAACACACAAAACAGUGAAACACCAUGCUAAAAGCUCCAUUUCAUACAAGCAAACCAUCACCCACAAGAUGGUUUUAUCGAAUUUACACGCUCGUUUACACAAUCGCCAUUUUCGCACUCGUUUAUCACCAUUGUUGUAACCUUAUCCACUCUCCUUCAUUCACCACCAUUUUCCUACUCAUAGCUGACCUCGUGCUAGCUUUCUUGUGGGCGACAUGGCAAGCUUUCUUUCUGAAUCCGGUGUUCCGACAGGUUUUCCCGGAGAACCUGGCACAAGUGGCGAAGGAAAACGAGUACCCAGGACUGGACUUGUUUAUUUGCACGGCUGACCCGUUCAAAGAACCACCAAUUGGGGUGGUUAACACGGUGUUGUCUGUGUUGGCGUAUGACUACCCGUCGGAGAAGCUGUCGAUAUAUCUGUCGGACGACGGAGGGUCGCAGCUAACACUAUUUGCGUUCAUGGAGGCUGCUAAGUUUGCGAGACAUUGGUUGCCAUAUUGCAAAAAGUAUAAUCUAAUGGAUAGAUCUCCUGAAGUUUACUUCGGAAGCAAUCCAUCCUUCUUCCCUGAAACAAGUGAAAUCCAGGAGAUGUACAAGAACAUGAGAGCUACAGUUAAGAAGGUCAUUGACCGAGGGACAAUCGAUCUGGAUCAAAUGAAUUGUGAUCGUACGAUCAAAGCUUUCAGCAAAUGGACCCCUGGAUUUACACGUCACGAUCAUCCUGCGGUCAUCGAGAUUUUAUUAAAAAAUAACGUAGAUAAAGAUGUGAUGGGUCAUUACAUGCCCAAUUUGUUCUAUGUCUCACGAGAAAAGAAUAGAGGCACACCACACCAUUUUAAGGCCGGUGCCCUUAAUACUUUGAUCCGGGUAUCAGGUGUGAUGACAAAUGCACCUAUAUUUCUUUCUUUAGAUUGUGACAUGUACUCAAACGAUCCAAAUACACCACUUCGUAUGCUAUGUCAUUUCUUGGAUCCUAAUGUUGAUCCAAAGCUUGCAUUUGUUCAAUUUCCUCAACGCUUCCACAACAUCAACAAGAACGACACUUAUGGUGCUGAACAUGUGCUUGAGACACGAGCAUGCACAGUCGGAAUGGAUGGUUUGGGAGGCACAUUUUUCAUGGGCACUGGUGGCUUCUUUAGAAGAAAAGUUCUCAUAGAAAACCCUAAAGAAUCACAAAAGAUAUGGAAUGAACCAAUUCAAUCCAAAGACGUUUCAACAUUAGCACACCAUGUCGCGAGUUGUACCUACGAGGACAAUACGAAAUGGGGUCAAGAGAUUGGGUUUCGAUAUGGUACUUUGGUUGAGGAUAUAUACACAAGUUUCAGAUUGCAAUGUUUAGGAUGGAAAUCUGUGACAUGCAACCCAACGAGAGCUGCAUUUCUAGGCAAUAUGCCGAUAGCACUCAAUGACAUUCUAGCUCAGAAUAAUAGGUGGUACAUGGGUAUGCUACAAACCGGAUUAUCCAAAUUUAGUCCCAUGACAUAUGGAAUCAAGUUUAUGAAUCCUCUCCAAGCAUUGUGCUAUGCACACUACCAUUUCCGUGCCUUUUGGUCUAUUCCAGUCAUCAUCUAUGCCCUUGUACCACAGUUCACACUUGUAAACGCUUCCUCAAUAUUCCCAAAGGUUUCAGACCCUUGGUUUCCUUUAUAUGUAUUCCUUUUCAUUGGAGCGUAUGCGAAAGAUUUUCUUGAUUAUGUGAUGAACGGGUCAACGUUCAAAAGAUGGUGGAAUCGUCAAAGAAUAUGGUUGAUAUUAGGAUGCUCAAGCUACCCAUUUUCAAUAGUCGAUUGGUUACUCACUUCCCUAGGCAUGUCGACAUUUGAAUUCAACGUAACAAGUAAAGUGUCAGACAGUGAAAUAAGCAAACGUUAUGAGGAAGGGGUAUUUGAAUUUGGAGUGGAAUCUCCAUUGCUUUUGUCGGUGAAUAUAGUAGCAGUUCUCAAUUUAUUCGCGUUUUCGAUUGGAAUUAAGCAUGUUUUGAUCAAUGCUGGGACGUUUGAAGAACUGUUUGUUCAAUUGUUUAUAACAGGGUUUGCUGUGUUGAAUAGUUGGCCCCUAUAUGAAGGCAUGAUAUUGAGGAGUGACAAAGGAAAGAUGCCUCCUAAGACUACCUUGAAAUCAGUUUGUGUGGUUUUGGUUAUUUACUUGGCCUUCUUUUAGACAUUUUAAUAUAUUGUCAUAAAUUGACAACUAAUAAUAUUAGGUUUUUUAUGUGUCGUUUAUUUUUUAUUUUUAAUAGAAUGUAUUCUAAUAAUCAUGUAGUUAUGUUA